UCCCCUCCCUCAGGAAGUAAUGCAGGGCAACGAGCUGCAAAAUCCGGUCGUACAGAUCCUUGGCUCGAAGCGUAUCGCCGGCAGCGGCGAACAGUCCGAGCGCUUCCGUUUGCUCAUAUCGGAUGGGAAGUCACUGUACAGCUUCGCUAUGCUUGCCACGCAGCUGAACGAUCUACAAAAGCAGGACAAACUGCCCCAGUACACCAUUAUCCGGAUCGAUCGCUACACCACCUCGGUCGUGAACCGGAACGAGAAGGGUGAAAAGCGGGUGUUGAUCAUCGUGGAACUGACCGUACUGAAGGAGGGUAGUUUGGUUGGUGAAAAGAUCGGUGAUCCACAACCAAUAACAGACACCCCAUCGCAGCCGGCUACCAACAGUGGCUCAUUAUCCAUGGGAGCAUCCCGUCCGCAGGACACAAACGCCGGUACAAUUAGCAACGGAUCGUUAUAUGGCAGCGCGAACCGUUCCAUGUCGGCAUCGAGCUCUGGGCCAACCGCAUCCAUUAGCGAUUCCCUAACACAUCCCAUUUCCUCGCUCAGUCCGUACCAAAACAAGUGGGUCAUAAAGGCACGCGUAAUGUCCAAGUCGGGCAUCCGCACGUGGAGUAAUGCGAAGGGUGAAGGGAAACUGUUCAGCAUGGACGUGAUGGACGAGUCGGGCGAGAUACGUGUGACGGCGUUUAAGGAACAGUGCGACCGGUACUACGACAUGAUCGAGGUCGACAAGGUGUACUUCAUCUCCAAAUGCCAGCUAAAGCCGGCCAACAAGCAGUACUCGAGCCUGAAGAACGACUACGAGAUGACUAUGACGAACGAUACGAUCGUGCAGGAGUGCAAGGACGUGGAUGGCACGAUGCCGGAAAUACAGUACAACUUUGUGCCAAUUUCGCAGAUCGCCAACAUGGAACCGAACGCAAUGGUGGACGUGGUCGGGAUGUGCAAGGAGGCGAGCGAGGUGGUACAGUUUACCGCGAAAACAUCCGGCCGCGAACUACGCAAGCGUGAGAUAACGCUGGUCGACUCGAGUGCUGCAUCCGUGCAGCUAACGCUGUGGGGUGAUGAUGCCCAAAAUUUCCCCACCACAACGAACCCGGUCGUAAUGCUGAAGGGUGCGCGGGUGAGCGAGUUCGGAGGCGGCAAAACGCUCGGCCUGAUUGGUGGCAGUGUGAUGAAGCUUAAUCCGGACAUUGAGAUGGCCCACAAAGUUCGCGGUUGGUUCGAAAGCGGUGGUAGUGAGGCGUCGGUUAGCAGUGUGUCGGCCCGUACUGGUGGUGGUGCAGCGGGACUCUCCACCGAGUGGUUAUCGUUCCAGGAGGCAAAGGACCGGAACCUGGGAGCGGGCGAUAAGCCGGACUACUUCCAGGUGAAGGCAAUGGUACACACGAUCCGAUCGGCCAACGCGGUGUACAAGGCGUGCCCGCAGACGGACUGCAACAAGAAGGUGAUCGAUCAGGAGAAUGGACAGUACCGGUGCGAGAAGUGUAACGCCGAGUUUCCGAACUUUAAAUACCGUCUGCUGGUCAAUAUGCUUAUUGGCGAUUGGACCUCGAAUCGCUGGGUAACGGUGUUUACCGAGCUGGCGGAGGAGAUGCUGGGCAAAACGUCACAGGAGAUCGGCAGCAUCCUCGAGUAUCAGAAGGACGAGGCGGAAAAGAUAUUCUCCUCGAUCAGCUUCAAGUCGUUCGUGUUUAAGCUCCGCACCAAGGUGGAAUACUUUGGUGAGCAGCCACGAAACAAAACGUCGGUGGUUAGUGCGGGCCCGGUAGACCACAAGGAGUACAAUGCGCUGCUUAUCAAAAGCAUCGAGGAGCUGACCGGUGUAGGAAAGAACUAA